UGGGAUCGCUACAUGAGAUGCGACGGGUCACCUGAUCCUGUCAACCAACGAGAAAUCAACACGUACAUUAGUCUCCGCCAGGAGGACACCACCAGGGACGAUGCCGCCUGCGUCUUUGAGGACAGUCUGAUGGACUUGCAGCUGGUCAAGGAGUUAGAGUUUCUGUUGCUGAACUCACCUCUGGAUUUGAUGUCCGAAGAAGAGAGGCACGUCCAUCAACAGACGAUAGACACGCUGAGAGGGUUGAUCCUGUCUAAGCUGGACAUGGCAACCCUGCGCGUGCUGUGUGAAGCCACGUACCUGGCCCACAAGGAAACGGGAAACCUGGAGUACACCGCCUGCAUAGACGACAUCGAUCUGUGCAUCUGGGGCAACAUCAUGAAGAACCCAAG